UUGAACUUGAUUCAGCUUCACCUUAACGCGGUCGGCGGCUGACGUUUUCUUUAACCUAAGGGAAAGGCUCAUCGCUUUUAACAUUAACAAAACGCGCCUCCGCACUCAAAAGGGUUUUAGGGUUUUACAGAGAAGAGGUCGCGAGAGAUGGUGAAGAGCGAGAAGACGACGCUGGGGCGGUCCCUGGUGAAGCACCACAACCACAUGAUUCAGGAAUCGAAGGACAAAGGCAAGUACUACAAGAAUCUCCAGAAGAAGGUUCUCGAAUCCGUCACCGAGGUCAGCGACAUCGACGCCAUCCUCGAGCAGGCCGAGGAGGCUGAGCGUCUUUUCACUAUUAAUCACAGCAACACCACUCCGUUGCCCAUUAAUGUAGACACGCAGUCUAGCUCAAGUACUAUAGCAGCUGAGGAAUGGAGGGAGCAACAGAAGAUAGAGGAGGCUUUACACGCCAGCAGUCUUCAAGUGCCUCGAAGACCUCCAUGGACACCGGAAAUGUCAGUGGAAGAACUUGAUGCUAAUGAAAAACAAGCUUUUCUUAAUUGGCGCCGGAUGCUUGUGAGACUCGAGGAAAACGAAAAGCUUGUGCUGACACCAUUCGAAAAGAACCUCGACAUCUGGAGACAGCUUUGGCGUGUUCUUGAACGAAGUGAUUUGAUUGUUAUGGUAGUUGAUGCUAGAGAUCCACUGUUUUACCGUUGCCCUGAUCUUGAGGCAUAUGCUCGAGAAAUCGAUGAGCACAAGAAAAUGAUGCUUCUAGUUAACAAGGCGGAUCUUUUACCUCCUGAAGUCAGGGCGAAAUGGGCAGAAUAUUUCCGCCGUAACGACAUUCUCUUCGUCUUCUGGUCAGCUAUAGCCGCCACAGCCGUCUUAGAAGGCAAAGUCUUGAAAGAGCAAUGGAGAAAAGCCGAUAACUUCCAGAACACAGACGAUCCAGAAGUUGUGAUAUACGGCAGGGACGAGCUCUUGGCCCGUUUACAGUCCGAGGCCCAAGAGAUUGUCAGAGCGAGGAACUCCAGAGCACCUGUUGAUGAGACUCAACGUGAGAAUGCUGUCGUUGGAUUUGUCGGCUACCCGAACGUAGGGAAGAGUUCAACCAUCAACGCAUUGGUCGGUCAGAAACGAACAGGAGUUACCUCAACUCCAGGGAAAACAAAGCACUUCCAGACAUUGAUCAUCUCUGAGGAGCUUAUGCUGUGCGAUUGUCCCGGUUUAGUCUUCCCUUCGUUCUCGAGCUCGAGAUACGAGAUGAUCACUUGCGGUGUGCUUCCUAUCGACAGGAUGACAGAGCACCGCGAAGCUAUUCAGGUGGUUGCUGACAAGGUCCCUCGCCGCGUCAUCGAGAGUGUUUACAACAUUACUCUUCCUAAACCGAAAACAUACGAGCGUCAGUCUCGUCCUCCUCUUGCUGCUGAGGUUUUAAGAGCUUACUGUGCUUCACGUGGCUACGUUGCCUCUAGUGGACUACCUGAUGAAACCAAAGCGGCGAGGCAGAUUCUGAAGGAUUACAUCGGAGGUAAGCUGCCGCACUUCGCAAUGCCGCCUGGGAUGACGGAGGAGAAAAUAGAGGAUGACACUGGUCGAGAAACAGGUUCAGAUUCUGAAGAAGGUGAGGGUGAUGAGGAAGGAAGCGAGCAAGUUCCUGGUAUCGAUGACGUGCUGGAUGAUUUGACCUCGUUUGAUCUGGCGAACGGGCUUGCGUCUACGAAGAAAGUGACUGUGAAGAAGGAAUCGGCGUCACAUAAGCAGCACAAGAAGCCGCAGAGGAAGAAGGAUAGGAACUGGAGGGUUAAAAACACAGAGGAAGGAGAUGGAAUGCCUCUGGUGAGAGUUUUCCAGAAACCUGCUAACACAGGGCCUCUCACGAUGCGUUGAUCUCACCAUUAUUGCAUAACAUCCAAAGUUUAUGAUAUGCAGUUUGGUGUAUUGUCAAACGAAGAUGCUUCAAAGUUUUUUUUUCUAUAUAUGUAAUAACAGUUGAACCUGUCGUAUUGAUGUUUUUGUUUCCAAAGUUUUUAGUCGUUAUUUGGUGAAAAAGAGAAUGGUAAGAGUGACAAUUGAAAUCUGGUUUAGUCUUGUUUGUUGAUCCA